CCCUCAGAGACACCGAGGCAGAGGAGGAGUCCGCAUUUGAGGGCGCCAUGGCGGAGGCCGAGGCCGAGGGACCCAGCCGCGCCGACCCCGCCGCCUCCACCGCCUCGGUCCGGCUGCGCGCCCUGCUGCGCCACGUCCUGCCCUCCUCGCUCGGCGCCCGGCGGGCCUGCGCCUCCUCGCCGCGCCCCACACAAUUUACUACUUCAGCCCAAGUAACUACGGUGAAAUAUCCAAUUCAGUACCGUUACACCUUAGAUAAUAAUGUUCUAAGCCCAGAGCAAAGGCAUUUCUAUGAGGAGAAUGGCUAUCUCGUCAUAAAAAAUCUGGUUUCGGAUGAGGAUGUUGAACAUUUCAGAAAUGAGUUCGUGAAGAUCUGCAGACGGGAAGUGGUCGUCCCUGGACUGUUGGUCAUGAGAGAUGUGUCAAUUGCCAAGUCUGAAUUUAUUCCAGAUCAAAAAGCAGUUUCAAAACUACAGGAUUUCCAGCAUCAUGAAGAGCUCUUCAGAUAUUGCACAUUGUCUCAGAUAUUGAAAUAUGUCGAAUGCUUCACAGGACCAAACAUCAUGGCCAUGCACACCAUGCUGAUAAAUAAGCCUCCCGAUCCCGGAAAGAAGACCUCUCGCCAUCCAAUGCACCAGGAUUUGCACUAUUUCCCAUUCCGACCUGCAGAUCGCAUUGUUUGUGCCUGGACUGCCAUGGAGAAGAUUGAUCGCAGAAACGGAUGCCUGGUAGUUUUGCCAGGAAGUCAUAAGGGGUCUCUGAAACAGCAUGAUUAUCCUGAGUGGGAGGGUGGUGUAAACAAGAUGUACCAUGGAGUGCGUGACUAUGAUAAAACUAUUCCGAGGGUUCACCUUGCUAUGGAGAAAGGAGACACAGUGUUCUUCCAUCCCUUGCUAAUCCAUGGCUCUGGAAUGAACAAGACUGAAGGGUUUCGUAAGGCAAUUUCUUGUCAUUAUGCAAGUUCUGACUGCCACUAUAUUGACGUGAAAGGUACAAUUCAAGAGAACAUUGAGAAAGAAGUUGUGGAAAUUGCAAGAACAAAGUAUGGUAUAGACUCUCCUCUUCCUCUGAAGGAUGUUUGGAUGUUGCGAAGUCGUCUUGUUAAAGGAGAAAGGAGAAGUCUGUAGAAUGUUAUCUGGAUGCCAAGGCUUAGUUCAUGAACCCAGCAUAUCAUUUUCUAACUGGGAGAAACCAUGAUCCUUUGGUUGGAUGUGUUCAGAAUUUUUCUUGCACUGAAUAUUUUUCAAUUACUAUGCAGUAAAACAGUUCUGAGGUAUGUUUACUUAGGUAUGAUGCUUAGGCGAGAAUUCUAGGCACACCUACUUGAACACGCCUACUGUUCUGAGUAAACAAUAUUGUUAAAUUCAAGAAUAGUUUUAACUAUUUUAAAUGAUGCACUUUAUGAUCUACCGUACUUUAUCCAGUAUUGAAUGGUAGACAGCUGCCUUUAUGCAGUGAUUUAGAAUCUUCAAGCCAUAUCCUAUAUUCUUAGUAGCGUAGCAUUAUUCUCUCCAAACUAGGUGAAUAAAUGAACAAAAUGGCAAAUGCAGUUCCAUGUAAGUUAAAGCAAUAUACUUUGGGGCAAAACUAACUAAAUAAGAACUUCAUGUAUGCUGGUAGACUUCUCCCUGGCAGUGACUAAUCAGGAAAGGCCUCUCCAUUUCCGAAUGCCCCAUCUCGAAAGGCUGUGGCAGAGUUGGAAGCCAUGUAGAAAAGCCCCCCCCCAUGACCAGAAUACUGUCUUGUGUGUUCUCCUCUCACAUUCUCCACUGAACAGAGCUAGGCUCAGCCUCCAACAGUGUUUCGCACCAAUGGGAUGCACCAAUGACAUACACAGGCUCUGCAUAGGGGCUACAUUUGUUACCAAAGCCGUAAAGGUAAAGGGGCCCCUGACCAUCAGGUCCAGUCGUGUCCGACUCUGGGGUUGCGACACUCAUCUCGCUCUAUAGGCCGAGGAAGCGGGCGUUUGUCUGCAGACAACUUCCGGGUCAUGUGGCCAGCAUGACAAAGCUGCUUCUGGCGAACCAGAGCAGCGCACGGAAACACCUUUUACCUUCCCACUGGAGCGGUCCCUAUUUAUCUACUUUCACUUUGAUGUGCUUUCGAACUGCUAGGUGGGCAGGAGCUGGGACCGAGCAACGGGAGCUCACCCCCGUUGCAGGGAUUCGAACCACCGACCUUCUGAUCAGCAAGCCCUAGACUCUGUGGUUUAACCCACGGUGCCACCUGGUUCCCUUACCUAAGCCGUACAAAGCACAAACUAAAAGCUGUGUAUUAGACUGUCAAAAGCCUAUUGCAGUCAGCUUCAUCGGUUUUUUCAAGAAAUGACUAGUGGAUUUAAUCUCAUUUGGAAAGUGCAAUGUUACCCAUAUGACAGACACAUAAUGUAAUGCAUAGAGCACAACAUUUUUAAAAAUCAACUAAAGAGAUUCAACUUAAAUAGAAAAUUAAGAAAGACAAAUGACUAAAAAAUAAAGUAAUUACAAUAAUGAAAAAGAAAACCAGCCUUAUGUCGUUUGGAAUUAUGUGUGAAAAUAAUAUAUAAGAUUGCGUGCUUUCUUGGUUUUUGUUUUGUAUUCUCAGAGUUAAUAAAUAAAUGUUGUGCUUCAAUGAA